AAAUCGUCAGUCAAACGUCAACAAUAGACGUUGGUGGAAGUGUUCUUUAUUUAUUGUCAAGUUAUUCACGAUGUGCCACAGGAAGUGACACUUUUAUUUUAUGUUUGAGUGAUCAAAAAACUGGUGCAAAAUGCUUGCGGACGGAGAAAUUGUUGGUGAUGGGUCAUGGAACCUCACGAUCUACGUGACGGAUAUGAACGAGAAGCGUACAAUGGUUGUAAAGGGCGACAUGCAUAUCGGCGGGGUUAUGCUAAAAUUAACAGAGAGUUUUGGUAAAGAUUUCAAAAAGGACUGGUCAGAUCACGCCCUCUGGUGGCCGACGCGCAACAAAUGGCUCGCGCGGCCCAAACACACGCUUGACCAGUAUGGCGUACACGCGGACGCGGCGCUCCAUUUCACCCCCAUGCACAAACCGCUGAGGAUCCAGUUACCAGACCUGAGAUAUAUCGACUGCAAGAUCGACUUCUCCAUUGACACGUUCAGUGCUGUUGUUCAGUUGUGCAAGAGUUUAGGUAUAAGACAUCCAGAAGAACUAUCACUAUGUUAUCCUCUCGAACCAUCUCACCUAAAGCAAAACUACCAGAACUUGAAAGAAGCGAAGAAGAUCAAAGCGUCCCAACCGCCAGACACAAAUACAUUCAUAGCAGCAACCAGGGGGUCUUCGAAUAGUCUGGAUAGGUCUUUGGCGUGUCCAGCUACUCCGCCCCCACCGAGGUCUUUAUCUGCUACUCCAGUGGCUUCACAACAGAAUGGCACGCUCCGUCGGUACGGUGGUCACAUAUAUAGCACACAGAGCGACGGGUCAAGCGAUGGUGGUUACUGUGGAACCCCGCCACGGGCAGCUUCCAUGGACGCACUGGACUCGCUAGCUGACCUCUCAUUGGCUGAUUCGCCACUUGAACCAGACAGUCAAUCGCGCGAGUCGCUGCUCACGCCCAAGUCACUGAUAGAACGUGCUAGAAUGAAUGUUGGUUGGCUAGACUCCUCCCUCUCCAUAAUGGAGCAAUACGUCCGCGAAUGGGACACGCUACAGCUGCGUUUCAAGUUCUACUCAUUUUUCGACCUAACACCUCGAGCUCAAGACGCAUCGAGGCUAAAUCAGCUGUACCAGCAGGCUCGUUGGCAGAUCCUCAACCAGGAAGUGCACUGUACGGAGGAGGAGAUGCUGUUAUUUGCGGCUUUACAGCUCCAAAUCGAGCUGCAGACCCUAGCCGGUGGUGGGGUAGAAGCGGCAGAUGGAUCCCACAACAGCAGCGCUGGAAUGGCUCCAGAAGACGAGAUAGAUGCUGCCCUCAGUGAGCUGCAGGUGCAGCUCGAAGGUGGACCACCAGCUCGACCGGAUAUCACGCAUGUACCGGAAUUGGCGGGAUACUUGAAGUAUAGAGGAAAGUUUCAUGGCGAGUUUUGUGUCCGCCAACGCUUCACGCUACGUGCGUACAAACGUGGUUGGGUUUCCUGUCGCGAUGGAGUACUGCGUAUACAUAGUUCUAGAGACGCGGCGGUCAAGGGUGAUCCGCCCUCGUAUGCUGUGGAACUAAGGGGUGCUGAGGUAACUCCAGACGCGCACCCAGCAUCAGGACGGUACGGCAUUAAGUUGGAGGUACCUUCUGAAGAUACAAUGCACGAAAUGUGGCUGAAGUGUGAAAAUGAGGACCAGUACGCGGAGUGGGUAGCGGCUUGCCGGUUGGGGUCCCGCGGGCGUUCACUAGCCGAUGCCGCAUUUGCCAGCGAGGCCAGCACAGUGCGGUCGCUGCUGGCGCUGCAGCGGCCGCAGCCCGGCGCCGCGCUGCACCAGCACAGCCUGCCGCACCUCGACCACCUGCAGCCCGACAACUACCUCGCGCCGCGCUUCCUCAAGAAGCUGCGCAGCAAGUUCACACAGCGUGUGCUCGAAAGCCACGCGAACGUCAAGGACCUGCCGCUGCUAGAAGCCAAACUGCAGUACAUUAAGACCUGGCAGAACUUACCCGACUACGGGCAGACAUUAUUCGUGGUACGCUUCAUGGGACACCGCAAGGAUGAGAUCAUCAGUAUCGCUAAUAACCGCAUCAUGCGGCUCGAUCCUAAUACUGGGGACCAUAUUAAGACAUGGCGGUUUAGUACUAUGAAGGCUUGGAACGUGAACUGGGAGAUAAAGCACAUGAUGGUACAGUUCGAGGAAGGAAACAUCAUCUUCUCGGUCCAAUCAGCAGACUGCAAAGUGGUUCACGAGUUCAUCGGCGGAUACAUUUUCCUAUCCAUGCGAUCUAAAGAUGCCAACCAGACGUUAGACGAAGAAUUAUUCCACAAAUUGACUGGAGGAUGGACAUAAAAACCCACUUUAUAUAGAGAAUAUAAUAUAAUACUUAGUAUGUACAGACUUAUUGACGUGCCUUGUGAAAUUAAUAAUUAUGUAUUAAAAGUGCCCAAACUUCUAGCAGUGUUCAUCUAAAUAACAGAAAAAUAAUGAAUUUUAUGAAGAAUUUUAUUUUGAUACUUUUAACAUACUAUUUUAAUACGCAUCACUUUUGGAAACAGCACAAAUACAAAUAGUCUAAGAUGAAAUGAUAAUUCUAUAAUAUAUUUUUAGUUAUAAUGUCUUAUUGUAGUGCUUCCAGUAAUUUUCGUUAAGCAAUGUAAAUGCCAAAAAUAACUACGCUGAAUAUCCUUCCACUUUUGACAUCACCUAUUCAUAGGAAUUUUUUAAACAUUUUGUAUGGGCUUUUAGAAAUCUAGUAGUAGAUAAUAAACACAAUACUAAGGUCAUAAAGGACAAUACAAUUUUGACAUUUAAUAUGGUGCUUUGAUAAAUAUUUAUGAAUUAUGUAAUAUUGUGUGGCCUUAAUAAGAUUGUCGCUGAUUUUAAGUUUAGUAUUAAUUGUCUAACAGCAUUGUUAAAUAACAGCUUUUAUAGAUGAAUUCAUUAAUUAUCGAUGAAUAUUAAUGUACACUUAAGAAUAUGAAUUAUCUUUGAGAACUAGUCUCAUUGAAGUCGCAUAUAAUGCUAAAUUAAUGAAUGCAUAGUUAUGUAUUAACAAUAUUUCGCCUAUUUUAAUAUAGAGUUAUUGUACAAAUGUAUGUACACUUUAUAAAACACUAUCUUUUGUAAAUGAAUGUUAAAAUAAAUGUAAAUGAAUAACAACACAA